AUGGAUUCGAAUCCCGAUGAUGUCAAGUUGUUGGAUUUCAUUCAAAAUAAGUUUACCUGCUGUGGCGUUGUGGGAGUUGAGGACUAUUGGGAAUCGCGUGUUCCCUCCUCCUGUGGUGCAACCAUUGCGGAGCGAACUCAGCGGCCGGUAAGCAAAGUCCCCACGCAGACACCUACUUUUCACUAA